AAGCUCAAUGCCGCCUAACCUUUACAAUAUCUCCUAAUCACCGCCAAUAACUCUCAUACCAAAACCACCACUGUCUGAUCCCUCUUAUCCCCAAAACUUAACCUCCAACCGUCACCCAUCCAAACCAUCGUUGCCUAGCCCUUCCUAUAUCCUCUACUCACUGCUAACCUCCUCCAUACAAAUACAACGCUGCUCAACACUGCCUUCCCACUGCCAGCUAGCCUCUCCACCCUUCAACCGACCCCGUCCAAAAAGAACAUAGCGCCCUGAUCUUACGCCGCAAACCAUCGCCCCACCACUCUCUCCCUGGUUCUUUCUCUCUCUUUCUGCCUCCUUCUCUUUUUUCUAUCUCCUGUGCGUUUUUCAGUGGCACCUUCCCCCCUUCAGUGCAUAUAAAAUGGCGGGGACUUACAGCCUUGCCAUCAGAGUGUUUCACUAAGGCAAGGAAGCAACACACACUCGUUGUUAGUCCUUCCCUCUAGAGUACUAACAAGCGAUCUAAGUUUUGAUAUUUAACCGCCAAGGACAAAGCUGUGAAAUCGAAGCUACGGCGCAAUGAAGGUCUCAUUCACACUUCUCCUCGCUUGCGUCCAUGCAGCUCCCGCCCCACAGUCCGUCAUCGCUCCCGACCUCUCCCUUUUCGCCCAAGCAGAUCCCAUUCAGAACCUCCCUCAGACGGCACCCAUCGAGACACAGGUUUGGCCAGUCCUCCCCUACAGCUACUCCUACACAGUGAGCGACCCGGACACUGGGAACUAUCAGAACAAGGCGGAGAUUAUGAAUGAGUUAGGCGAGGUGUUCGGCUCCUACUCGGUGCUCAUGCCCGACAAUAUCAUCUACACCACCUUCUACAACGUCACGGGAAACAGCGGCUUCGUGGCGAGGGUGGAGAAGUCCCUGGCUCAGCCUGCUCCUCCUGCUGCUCCUACUCCUGCCUCCAUUCCUACCGCCGAUCUACCAGGUCUCAUUAUCUAGUUCUAUAGUUAGUGGGUUAGAUAUGUUUGCUUUUCUCUUCUUUCUCUUGUCUUCUCUUCUUCUGGAGGACGUGUUUUCUUUGGCUCCUAAUUUUCUUCCCUUUACUGUAAUUUCAAGUAAAGUUUUCAUGUUUUCUUUAGUGUAUCCUGAUUCUUCUGCCUCAGUGGUUUUCUUUAAUUCGUAUCGAGUGUCUUUCGACUUCUAUUUUGCCUGCCCUUUACUGCAAAAUUCUCGUGUUUUCUUUAGUGUCUCUUGAUAUUUUCGCCUCAGCUGUUUUCUUUAAUUCGUAUCAAGUUGUUUACAUUGUUAUUUCGUUAUAUUUUCACCAAUUUUCAUUAGUUUUGAUGAUAUUUACUAAAGAAAUUAAUAAUAUUUUGUAUUUUCUGUUAUCUCGUUGUUAAUUGUUAGUGCUACGUUUGUCAGUCGUUAUAUUUUUACACGCUUAGUAUUUUCCGCCUCAUAGUUUUGUUACCUUUAUUCAGUUAUCGAUGAAAUGAUGUUAUGUUAGAUUUUCUAUUGAAGAUUUUUAUGUUUUGUAUUGUUGAUCAUAACAAUAAACAACAAAGUCAG